GCAGUUCUAAGGUGACACUUCUCACGAUCGUUCUGUCAGAAGCGGCAUCUCGCCUUCGACUGUCAAUUUAGCAUCAACAUGAGCAGGCCGAAAGUUUUCGUGACAAGGCCCGGCGUCCCGCAAGAAGCGAUUGACAUGCUAAAAGAAAAGUGUGAGGUAGAGAUAUACAGUGAGGAUAAACCCGUCGAAAGAGAUGCCCUCCUCAAGGGCAUUCAGGGCAAGGAUGCUCUCUUCUGCUUACUUACAGACACAAUUGACAAGGCCGUUAUUGAAGCUGCUGGUCCUCAAUUGAAGGCUAUUGCAACUAUGUCUGUGGGUUACGAUCACAUUGAUACCAAAGAAUGUAAAGCCAGGAACAUCCCCGUCAGCAACACCCCUGAUGUGUCGACGGACUCCGUGGCUGAGCUGACGGUCACCUUGCUGCUUGCCGCGGGAAGGAGGCUCAUCGACGCUGCCGCUGCCAUCAAGAAGGGUGAAUGGGUCUACUCAUGGAGUCCCGUUUGGCUCUGCGGACAAGGACUGACGGGUGCUACUGUUGGAAUUGUCGGGAUGGGCAGAAUAGGUCAAGGCGUCAUGAGAAGGAUUCUGCCAUUUGGUGUAUCCAAAGUACUCUAUUUUGACGUUUUCCACCCCAUCAAACCAGCCGAAGAGAUGGGUGCCGAAUACGUAGAAUUCGAGGAACUCGCCAAGCGGAGCGACUUCAUUGUCGCCAUGUGCAAUCUCUCGGAAGAAACGCGGAAUCUCUUCAACAAGAAGGCCUUCGACCUCAUGAAACCGACAGCCGUCUUUGUCAACACCAGCAGGGGCGGUGUCGUAAACCAAGAAGAUUUGUACGAUGCCCUAAAGAAUAAGAAGAUUCGUGCGGCUGGACUUGACGUCAUGGUGCCCGAACCACUGCCCAAGGAUCACCCUCUAACUACUUUGGACAAUAUUAUCCUCACGCCACACGUCGGUAGUGCUGAAAUGUCUGUCCGUGUGAACAUGGCGAAACUGGCUGCAGAAAACAUUUUGGCUGUGUUAGAUGGUAAACCCAUGGUAUCUCCUGUGCCACUCGGUUAAUUCCACCAACUCCGUAAGUCAAUAAGCAAGGAACCCGCGCAUUCUAAUUUGAUUCAGCUCAUGAAAAAAGUGAAUUUCUUCAUUGUUUUACAUCAAACCACAUUUGUUGCUUGUAAAAGUCUUUGCAGGACUUUUUUUUACAAGCAUUUGGAGUCAAACUAAAUGUAAAGAAAAAAAAAUAUUUUCGAGUUACAUUUGUUUACUAAUCAACCAAUUAAAAACAACAAAAGCAUUGCACUAUGUCAGAAUUCGUUCAUAAAAACGUAACUCUGACUGAAAAUUUGUUAAAAAAUAUUUUUUAAACAAUUAAACUUUUCUUUAAGUCCUGUUGCACGAUUAUUGAGUUGAUGUUUACAACCUCUGCUGAGAGAUUGUUUUGGAAAAUUUUUAUUGAAGUUAAAAUCUUAGGAAUAAAAUUCCGACUCAAAAGUAGGCGAGUUCCUAGGAGAUGCACAAAAAUUUAAGCUAAUUGUUUUCUUUCAUGAGCUGCCCAAUCCUACAAAUGAUUUUGUGUACAACCAAAAUACUUCUUGUCUGGUUACAUUUUGUUCCUGUAUUCAAGAUUUAGCAUUUAUCAGCAUUAUUUUCCGUUUUUUGUCAUGUUAAUAAAUGUGAGGAAAUAACACAUUAAUUAUUUAACUGUGCUAACUCAAAUUUUAUGUGUCAGCCCUACAGACUUUAAUAUUUUUCAUUUAUGAUUGAUGUGUUCAAUUUAUUGUAUAUACAUAAAUGUUCCAGUUACUAUUUAUUAUUAGUUCUGAAAGUUUCAUGUUUACUGUUCUCAUAUACACAACAAUGGAAUAAAUCUGCCGCUUCACUUGUACAGAAGGCUGUUCUGCAAUUUUCCAUCUCAGAGUUCUAAAUCAAAUUUCCAAAAGCAUUUAAGAUCUUAUUUUUCCUGUGUUUUGUUUACGAUGGAUAAAAAAACAUAAGAAAAUUAUUGACAUUUUUUCUACCAUUUCUACUAUUUCAAACGCGAAAACUUUCUCUUUGCGCUUACUGCUACAGAAAUUAUUUUUCCGUUUAUACAUUUCUUAAAGCUUUUUACCGCAAUCAAUGUCGCCGUUCAAUGUUAAAUACUCAAAAUAAAUGACUGAUGUCAUAUUCUGAGAAAUAUGACGAUUGCAACUUUUGAAUAUCUGUUUUGAGACAUUAGUAUUCUUAAGUUGUUGUCUUUUCAUCUCAUUUUACAACGCAAAUGUAUCUAUAGAACACUCCUCUUCACGAAGAGAACUUUCAACACCUAAAGGUAGUAUUCCAAGGUUUUCCAUCUCCAGCCCUAGUCACUUUCCUAUGCCGGGCUGAUGAGUGCUAAUAAACACGAAAUUGCAGUCCUCUGGCUGGAAAUGACUGAGCUGGCGGUGUAUUUCACCUAAAGGUAGUGUUGAAGAAACUGAAACCGUUCAUUAAAAUUCUUGAUGAUAGAUAUUUUUGCUCAAAAUUAUCAAAUAGUACAAAAACAAAGUAAGAUGGAGAUGAAUUGAGCAGCUUUCUUUCGUUCUCAUAAUUACGAAUAUUUUUGCGUCCGUGCCAUUUGAGACUCGUAUUUUAAGAAAAUCCAACGCUGGACCUCAACCGCACAGGUCACUCUGUCAUCACAUGUGCUUGCUCUAUUUUACCACCAUCCGACCAAGUAAUUCCACUAUUGCGUGGUCUAAAACUUUCUAAACUGAUGACAUGUGAUUUUUGGAGCUGUAUGUGACGUUCAAAUCGAGCGUGUAUUUCUCUUAAAAUCCCAACCUUAAAGAUUGUUUAUGUGUGAGCAGAUUUAGCCAAAAGCCUUUCUUACAGAUCUGAGCAAAAUGUAUGUCAGUAGCGUUUUUACCAAACAUAUUUUUAUAGAGUUCAUUGUACCAUAACCAAGCCUUUUGAACGUGUAUUUUCCUCCCUGGUGCUAUUAAUGCAGCUUUGCUGCUUUUUCUGUCAAUGCAUUCUUGUACAUCCAUUCCGUGUUAUCCAGUAUUAACAGCCACUCUGCUAUGUGCUCAUCUGCGUUUUUGAAAAUUUUAAACACUACUACUCCUGCCAAAAAGGGUUGUUUGUCGGAAGUGACAGCUUGACUCGAUCCUUCUUUUUUUACUUCUCAGUUAUCAGGUAAAUUAGUGUUUCACAAUGUUGCCAAAGAUUAUCUCAAUAAUAUUAUUGUACUCCUUGCAUAUGUGACUUUAUUGCAAUAACUGAAGUAGAAAUUAUACACCUUAGAAUGAUCGAUCAUAUGUUACUAUUGACUACUUGUUGCUUCCUCCUAACAAGAGCUCGCAUUUAAAAUCAAAGUGAACUGCCUUCUGCUUGAAAAUGUUGUAUGCCUUUGUGGUUUUUGCCUUUAAUAAAUAUUUAUUUCUAA